UCUCUCUCUCUCUCUCUCUCUCUCUCUCUCUCUCUCUCUCUCUCUCUCUCUCUCUCUCUCUCUCUCUCUCAGCUCCCUAACAUGUUUGGUAAUCUGCGUUCUACAUUCAUUGCUCUGAUGAUUGGCUCCUAUGCCUCCUCUGCUGUCACCUUCCCUGGAGUCAAGGUGAUCUAUGACCUUGGUGUGACCUUCAUCACCAUCAUGGUUGUCUGGGCAGCCUGUUCCGGCCUCGUCUUCUUUAACUGCUUCUUCAACUGGCCUCUGGAACCCUUCCCUGGCCCAGAGGACAUGGACUACAGUGUGAAGGUAAAAUUCAGUUGGCUGGGUUUUGACCACAAGAUCACAGGGAAGCAGUUUUACCAUCAGGUGACCAAGGUGGGGAAGCGUCUGAGUGUGGGCAACAGUCUGAAGCAGAGAGAGCUGGCCACUAAGGAAGGACACAGACUCUGUCUCUCAACCAUGGACCUGGAGGUCAGCAGAAAACCCAAGGAGGAAUCCCAGUCAUUCAUGCAGAGCAUCAGCAGCCCUCUCUUCAUCCUCUCUCUGGUCACCAUGUCCAUCACUCAGCUCCGUCUCAUCUUCUACAUGGGAGCCAUGAACAACAUCCUGGAGGCCCUCAGCGAUGGAGACCUCAACACUGUCAGUCUGUACUCCUCUAUCUUCGGCAUGCUGCAGCUACUGUGUCUGAUGACGACUCCUGUGAUUGGUCAGAUUAUGGACUGGAAGUUGAAGGACUGUGAAGAUGAAGAGGAGGAGAAGGAACCAGCCAGCAAGGAUCAGCCCAAGCGCAGAGACAGACAGAUCCAGAAGGUGACCAAUGCCAUGCGAGCAUUCAUCCUGACCAACGUCCUAUUGGUGGGAUUUGGCAUCACCUGCCUGGUGCCCAACCUCCCUCUGCAGAUCUUGUCAUUUGUCCUCCACACUGUUGUGAGAGGGUUCAUCCACUCUGCUACCGGAGGUCUCUAUGCUGCUGUGUACCCGUCGUCUCAGUUUGGCAGUCUGACGGGGAUGCAGUCUCUGGUGUCUGCUCUGUUUGCUCUGUUCCAGCAGCCGCUCUUCAUGGCCAUGAUGGGCCCUCUGAAGGGAGACCCACUCUGGGUGAAUGUAGGCCUGUUGGGGGUCAGUAUGCUGGGCUUCCUGCUGCCUCUGUACCUGGUGUGUUUCAGACGCACGCUGCACCGACGGAUACAGGACAGAGACCAGGACUCCAAGAUAUACCUCAAGAACCACGGGUCUGGCAAACCUGAAGGCCUCCUCUAGAGGAAGGAGUAUGAGGGGGAGGAGAGAGGGAGGAGAGAGGGGAGGAGAGGGUGGAGAGAGGGGAGAGGGAGAGACAGAGACCAGGACUCCAAGAUAUACCUCAAGAUCUGGCAAACCUGAAGGCCUCAAAUAGAGUAAGGAGUAUGAGGGGGAGGAGAGAGGGAGGAGAGGUAGGGGG